AUGUCCCCUGCGCGCCGCCGGAGGUCACGUGACGCGGCAUGGACCCAUGCUGCGUGCCUUCGUGCGGGCGGCGCGGCGCAGACCUGCACGCCUUCCCGUCGCUGGGUCGCCGUCAUCCGCCUGCUGCGCGGCGGGCGUGCCGCGGGGCCGGGAGCACAGGAGCCGCAGCGCGGUGUGCGCCCACCACUUCCUGGAGCGACACUUCCGCAGGAGGAGGAGGAGCAGGCGGGGGAGGGGGCGUCCCAGCCCGCGCGUCCUUCGGUGUUCGAGCCGGGCCGCCGUCACCUCGUCAGCUACCAUCGGUCGGCCAUGAGCGGUCCCCUUGCAUCCAGUGCAUCUCAACUGGACGAAAAACGUAGCAUACACUCUGGCAACACCAAGCUCGAGGAGAAACUUCCUGAGCCUACAAAGGAUUUCCGUACUAAAGUGGGCAAAGUGCGAGAGACAACUGGUUUGAAGUGUCGGCGUUGUAAAAUCAGUUUCAGCAAACGAGGUGAAUUCGAGACACAUCUGCUUUCUCAUGUUCGUGUGCCUGUCAUUUUGGUUAAACGCUUGAGUGACCUUUACAUUUCAAGGGUAAUUGCAGCAGCAUCUGACUCCAUUAAGAAAGAGACAAAUAAUUGUGUUGCACGAAAGCGUACAAAAUCGUAUGUUAUUCAGAAAGAUUUUGCGUAUGAACCUCUAAAACUGACAUUAAAGCUGAAGGGUGACGAUAAACGGGGCGGCCUUUCACCAGAGACGGCGCCCAAGAAAGUUUUGUUUGGUCCCGGGGACUGCACGGUGAAGAAGGAAGAGAACUGCGAACAAGCGGGAGGGCGUGUGGAAGGACCGGGGCGCAACAAAGACAGGGUGGAGGACGAGGGGAAGACGUCGGGGCCGGAAGAGGCCUCGAGUGAUCAUGACAGCGGGAGUGGGGAGGAGGAUGGCCAGGCUGUGUUGCAAGGGGCCUCCAAGGAGACUUUAGAGACCCUAGAGACACUGCGACGACUAGGCGUCGUGCGGCUGCCAGGCCCCCGCAAACGGAGUAGCUCUAUUGUCUCUACAGCUCCACCCAGUGCACCACCGAGUCCCACCCCCAGCGAACUGUUGGGGCCCGAGUUUCUAGCUCCGGAGCGACCGUCGUGCCCGCCAACCCCGGCCAUGGUCGAGAAGAGCACUGCUGAUGACGAGCGGUCUCGCUCGCCAGAGUUCCCUUCUAAAGAUCAGAACUCUGAGUCCAGUGACGAGAACUCGGAUGCUGAUGAGCAACAGUAUGAAGAUGUGCCUUCUCCAGGAAGCAAGCAGAAGCAUAAUGAGGACUCCAACGAUAGUAAUUAUUCCUGGAAUGAUGGCACAGCAUACGAUGAAGGUGUUGGGAAUGAAGUCUGCGAAGAUGGUGAAGAGAAGGACCCACUCUUUCUUCCAGAACAGACUGCAGAUGAGGACAGAGUUUCCAAUGACGAAAACAGUGCAUCUGGUUACGAGUCUCUUUCUGCCAGAGGCGAUGACUCUCAGUCUGACAAAGAGUCGAAACCAAAGAAUCUUCCAAGUGCCGAAAGCUUAGGUUUAAGUUCGGAGUACAUUUCGCUCGAGCGUCUUGCCGAUAGUUCAAACAGUUGCAGCGUGUGCAAUGAAAAGUUCCCAGACCGUCUCUCUCUUUCCAAGCAUAAGGCCCAGGCAGGACACUUCCAGUGUGCUCACGGAGGGUGCGGGAUCGUGUGCGGGUCGACCGAUGAACUGAACGUGCAUCAAGAGAUGGCUCAUGGCCAAGCAGCCGUGGACGUAAAACCUUCUCCGGUGAAGCCUCCACCCGCGACAACUCAACAGGGCCCACAGAUCCACCCGAGACCAUUGAGUAACUUGGUGCAGCAACCGGUGUCUCCUCGCGCCCCAUGUCCUUCUUCGCUGCCCAUCCAGCAGACGGGAGUGCAGAAAAGAGCUGCUCCCACGAACGAGGAGGCGACUCCGUCCAGCAAACAACGUCGACUAGACAUGCUUCUUCCGGACAAACACGACGACGCAGACUGCCACGUCAUAGCACUGCAGAAGCGCACGGAGAGUGGGCCGGUCAUAAGCAACGUGGAGGGGCUCGUCAGCAGUCCGGACUCGAUGAUCCACCUGUCGGAUUCCAUCACUUUAUCGGUCAGGCAGCCCACGAACAACACUCCCAGCACCCCUCCUGCCGCCGCCAGCAAAGGGAAGAGUGACGCCAAGGCGGUGGCCAACAUCCUGGCGACCAGGGGCAUCACCGUGGUCCCGUCGGGCGGAGGGGCGAAACUCGGGCAGCCGAGUCCUCAGAAGCAGGUACUCCAGCGACCCACGGGGCAGCCAUCGCCCACCACAACAGCCUCCGUGGCUGCGUUGAAUCUCAACUCUGCCAUCUCCAUCAUCCCUGCGGCCUCUUCGCAGCCGGCGGCGGCACGCCAGCCGACGCAGGGCGGUCCCGGGGGCUUCGCCGUGCCCCAGGGGCGUGGCCCCACGUCUCGGCAGCAGCAGCAGGUGGUGGAGCGGCCUCCGCGGCCGCCCACGGUCGACCUGACCCAGGACACGCCCGCUCCUGCCCGGCGAGCCAUGCUGCAGCAGCAGCAGCCACAGCCGCCACCGUCGCAGUUCAUGGGGCGGGGCAGAGCAAGAGGCAGGCCGGUCAUGAGCCGCCACACCUGCCAGAUCUGCAGCAAGGUGUUCUCCACGCCAGAGAACCUCACAGCCCACAUGGCCCUGCACCGCAGCCCUGGCAAGCUGCCCUUCAGGUGCAACAACUGCCCCGCGCAGUACCCCACGCAGCAGGGGCUGAUGAUCCACCAGCAGGCGUGCCGCCGCGACCCGCCCCGCCAGCAGCCGGGCAUGAUGCCCCAGAUCGUGGAGAUGGCAGUGCCGCUCAUCAACAUGAAGAUCCCCGGGCUGAUGAACCGGCUGCGCUCGCUGGGCAUCACCAACUACAUCUCGUACUCGCAGUUCAUCAACAUGCCGGGCAACCACGUGGGGCUGCCCAUCGUGACGGUGGACGGCAGCCGGCUCCCGGCGCUCAACAACAUCACCCAGAUCGGGGCCACCGCCGUCAUAUCCUUCGGCCCCAUCAAGCCCCUCCCGCGAUGAUUCCUCCCGACGGACCGUCGCACUAGAGCAUAUAUUUUAAUGUUUUACUUUUGAAGAUGUUUAUGUACGGAGCUAGGUGCGCACUUGGAUCCCUUAGUUUAACCGUUGUUACACGACUCAUCACCGACUUCUAGUUUAGUGCAGUUGAAAAAUAUAUAUGUAGCAAAGCGUACCUCUUUGACCGCUGCAUACAUGCGUGAUCAUGAUUUGUGGUGUGAAAUUUUGUUGUAAAUUUUAAUUACGUACAAGAAAAUUAUAAUGGAUUAAAAUUUAUAUUUUUUUAAUUCAAAAGACUUUUAAUGUUUUUGUUUCUUUUUUUCUCUUAAAACUGUUGUUGUUACGAUAGACAUAAUUUUUUUUUUGUUUGGCAGUGAAUUCCUAUGAGAAAAUUUUAGACUAGGUCUUCAUGCAAAAGUUAUUAGUAACAGUGUUCAGUGUUAACUUUAUAUCUGUUGAGUAACUAUACCGUUCAGACAACAAGAAUACAAUUUUUUUUUUUAGUAGUGUUUGAAGAAAUAUUUUUCCAUUCUGUGGCCUUGUGUUUUUUUGUCACAUUUGUCUUCGUCAAUUAAUAUUUACUUGUCACAUGAGCGUAUUACAAGAAUUCUAAUGGCAGACGUGUUAUUAAAACUUAAGUACUUCUUAAGGACCCCUGUACUUCAUCUUCACCACUAUCAAGAGGUAGAAAACUAUUUCUAAUAUCACAAAAUUUCUCAAGAAAAUAACAGCGUUAAAUAUUUAAUGCAAAACCACUUCCUUAGUUAGUUAAAUUCCCUUUUGUCAAUAAUUAUCUCUGGAACGCAUAUCUAACCAAAGCAUAGUAGCUAUUUGAUAUUUGAAGCCCUUUUGAUCACAUUUAGAGGGAGGCCUUACAAAUUCUCAAAUGAAAUUCCCUGACUUUUCCAGAUUCUUCACUGUUACACUACUUUACUUUUAAAAAUUAAUCAGCAUUAUUUUUAAUGUUGAGAAUUCAACAGACAAAUGAGUAAACAAAGAUUAUUGUGUGUUAUGUUUUUAGGGGCUUUUCAAACUUUUAAGGUAAUUUUAAUUUUUAUAGCCAUGAAUGUUACCAAUAUGUAUUUACCUAACCAAGUAUAACUCAAGAGUGUUUCGGGAUAAAAAAAAAUUGUUACGACAUCCAUUUUAUCCUAAAAAAAAUUACUAAGCCAUUUUGAUUUGUUAGAAAUACUGUAUUCAAAAAUUUGUUUAACCUGUCCAAAGCAAAAUAAUUUUUGGUUAAAGGAAUAAUAUUUAAUACAUCAUAUUUUAUACAAAUUGACUAUGUUAUGAUCACAAGACAUUUUUAAAAUAAAAAGAAAUUGUUCAUGGUCAAAUGUCGAGGAAGAGCAAUGUGUUUUAUUUGUGUGAUCCAGUUGACAUUCUGUAUAUAAUACAGCAAAAGCUGUAGCUAAACAAACUUGCUUCCUUUCUGUAACAGUGUAAUUUAACCUUGUACUCUCGAGACUUUGUACUAUUGUAUAUACAUGAAGAUUUUUGUACUUAUGUAUAGUAGAAAUAAAAUUCAUUUCAUAAAUCUU